UGCUGAAGAAAUAAAUAAAUCCAAACUGCUAAAAUGUUAAACAAUUUCUCCACCCACUUCUAAGAAGGAUACUUAUUACUGUUGCCGUGACAAAAACAAAUAAUAGGAGCAGUUUUUUUUUUUGAAAAAAAGGAAGGUCAGGGAGAUUAGAAAUCCCGGCAAAAUAAGGUGAAUGAGGAAGGGGAAAAAGUCAAAUCUCUGGAGGGAAAGAAGAAGAAGAAGAAUAAGAGUGAGACAAAAAGCUUUUUCCUUCAACGACUAAACGUCAUCCAAGAAGACCUGGAGGGAGGCUCACCAUGGCAAGAACCACAGUCGAAAACAGGAAAGAUUAGAUUUUGAUGCCGAAAAUUGAAUCUGGGAUGAAAGAAAGAUGGAGGAGAGAUGAAAUGUAGAUAGCAGUUAGAGUUAGGUUUUUUUUUUUUGGGAAUAGAACUGUUAGGGUUACGGAUGUAGUGGAAACUGUCCGCCCCCGCACCCACGAGGGCAGUUCAAGAAUUAUGUUCGAACAGGAAGUUUAGCGUACAUAAAAUCGCAUGAAGUCGCGUCAACUUCACGGACCAAAACUUGACCUGCCGAGGAGCGACAAAAAGAUCUCCGAACGAAAGAAAGAGAAAGAAACAAUGCUAUCGGCCCCUGCAAUAUACAAACCAUCGCUUCUCUCCUCCUCCUCCUCCCACGCUUUCCCCUCCCUUCUUAAUCUUUCCCACCGCCACCGCCGCCCAAGUUUCAUUCAAAUGGGCCGUGUUAGAGCUGUGGCUUCACAUAUUGUCGGCUAUCCUCGCAUUGGUCCAAGGAGAGAGCUUAAGUUUGCUUUAGAGUCUUUUUGGGAUGGAAGGAGCAGUGCUGAGGAUCUGGAAAAGGUUGCCAAUGAUUUGCGCCUGUCUGUCUGGAAACAAAUGGCUGAUGCAGGAACCAAGUUCAUUCCCUCCAAUACCUUUUCAUACUAUGAUCACAUCUUAGAUACGACUUCCAUGCUUGGUGCAGUACCUCACAGAUAUGGAUGGACUGGAGGUGAGAUAGGAUUUGAUGUUUAUUUCUCUAUGGCCAGGGGUAAUGCCACUCUACGUGCUAUGGAAAUGACCAAAUGGUUUGAUACAAAUUAUCAUUAUAUAGUACCUGAACUGGGACCAGACCUUAAGUUCUCAUAUGCUUCCCAUAAGACAGUUGCUGAAUACAAAGAGGCCAAAGAGCUUGGUAUUGAGACUAUCCCAGUACUCAUUGGUCCAGUUUCCUACUUGCUACUGUCAAAGCUAGCAGAGGGUGUUGAGAUAUCAUUUUCCCUUCUUUCAUUGCUCCAGAAAAUUAUUCCAGUUUACAAGGAAGUUGUAUCAGAGUUGAAAGCUGCUGGAGCUACCUGGGUGCAGUUUGAUGAACCGACACUUGUGCUGGAUUUAGACUCUGAUCAGCUGAAAGCAUUUACAGAUGCUUACACACAGCUUGAAGAGUCAUUACAUGGUUUGAAUGUUCUUGUUGAAACCUACUUUGCUGACGUCCCUUCUGAUGCAUACAGGGUUGUCACCGGAUUGAGGGGAGUCUCAGCUAUUGGGUUUGAUCUUGUGCAUGGAGAGAAGACUCUUAAACUGAUCCAGAAUCUUGGUUUUCCUCCUAACAAGUAUCUCUUUGCUGGAGUUGUUGAUGGCAGAAAUAUUUGGGCUAAUGAUCUGUCAGCAUCUCUGAGAACCCUGAAAACCCUUGAGGGCAUUGCAGGCAAAGAAAAACUUGUUGUUUCUACUUCCUGUUCACUUCUGCACACUCCUGUUGACUUGGUUAAUGAAACAAAGCUGGACAGUGAAAUCAAGUCUUGGCUAGCCUUUGCAGCACAGAAAAUAAUGGAAGUAAAUGAGUUGGCAAAAGCAUUGAGGGUUGAAAAGAACGAGGCAUUCUUUUCUGCAAAUGCUGUUGCUCAAGCAUCUAGGAAGUCAUCUCCUAGAGUCAAUGAUAAGGCUGUUCAGGAAGCAGCAUCUGCUUUGAUGGGUUCUGACCACCAACGUCCCACCCCAGUGACCUCCAGGCUUGAUGCACAACAAAAGAAACUGAACCUUCCCAUUCUUCCAACAACAACCAUUGGGUCCUUUCCACAAACUAUGGACCUCAGGAGAAUCCGUCGGGAAUACAAAGAGAGCAAGAUAUCUGAGGCAGAGUAUGUCAAGGCCAUCAAAGAAGAAAUCAGUAAGGUUGUUCAGUUUCAAGAAGAACUCGACAUCGAUGUCCUUGUUCAUGGAGAACCUGAGCGAAAUGACAUGGUGGAGUACUUCGGGGAACAGCUGAAGGGAUUUGCCUUCACUGUCAAUGGCUGGGUUCAAUCAUAUGGUUCGCGCUGUGUCAAACCACCAAUCAUCUAUGGAGAUGUGAGCCGGCCCAAACCUAUGACUGUUUUUUGGUCUACAGCUGCACAGAGCAUGACCACUCGUCCAAUCAAAGGAAUGUUAACUGGGCCAGUCACAAUACUCAACUGGUCCUUUGUUAGGAAUGAUCGACUGAGGUUUGAGACAUGCUAUCAGAUUGCCUUGGCAAUGAAAAAUGAAGUUGAAGAUUUGGAAGCAGCCGGUAUUUCAGUGAUCCAGAUCGAUGAGGCUGCUCUUCGAGAAGGGCUACCACUACGCAAAUCAGAGCAAGCCUUCUAUCUUGACUGGGCAGUGCAUGCUUUCAGAAUAACAAGCUGUUAUGUGAAGGAUACAACUCAGAUCCAUACGCAUAUGUGCUAUUCCAACUUCAACGACAUAAUUCACUCGAUCAUUGACAUGGAUGCUGAUGUGGUCACAAUUGAGAACUCACGAUCUGCUGAGAAACUCCUUUCAGUCUUCAGGGAAGGGGUGAGAUACCAUGCAGGGAUCGGUCCUGGGGUUUAUGACAUCCAUUCCCCUCGGAUCCCAUCUACUGAAGAGAUAGGGGACAGCAUCAACAAGAUGUUGGCUGUCCUGGAGAAGAACGUACUCUGGGUUAAUCCGGAUUGUGGUCUCAAGACCAGGAAGUUCUCGGAGGUUAAACCAGCUCUGGCCAACAUGGUGGCUGCAGCACAAUUGCUCAGAACUCAGCUGGCAAGCGCCUAGUGAUUGUAUGAGCUUAUCGAUAAUUCUAGGCGUUGUUGAACUUGUGCAAGAGAUGUAGAUCUAGCAAGUCGAAUUUGUUUAUUUGAAGUUUUGUGGCAAUAUCUCAGCAAAAUCACUUUGCUUUCUCUUUCUA